CAGCCAAUUGGACAGCAGUAGGCGUGUACGUUAUUGUUGCUGCACAUCCAUGGUUCCACACAUGGAGAAAUAGUUGAUCUCGCUAUAACCUUGAUAUAUCAGCUUCUAUAUCAAGAUAACUGGAAAGGAGAACCAUGCAGGCUGCAAUGGACAUUACGGCAAAGCAUUGCCAUAGGGAAAUGGAGGCAUAUGGUUCAUGUGUGGCCUCCAACCCCUCGACAUGGCAAGAACAGUGUCAUGAACUAAAAAUGAAGGUUGCACAUUGCACAUCAUCUCACCCAGUGAUUCAGAAAAUCAGACAGGACUGUUCCAAGCAGUUUGUGGAGUUUGAGCGCUGUCUUAGCGAAAACCAGGGCCAACCUACCUCCUGCUCACCACAUGUGGCUCGCUUUCUCGGCUGCGCAGAGACCGUGGACCUCAGUGGAUUGGGUAUCAAUCCUGUGCCUCAGCCAUCCUAGCAUUCAGAUAUCCUCCAUUAUCUGCAAAUGACUCCAAGUAACUGCACAGUAGCACUGAUGAGCAGGUUCCAUGUGUGUUACCACCUUGUUCAUAUGUUUACCUUUGAGUAACACAAUUACUUGUUAAUCUCUAACAAAGGUAUAGGAGAUAACUGCAACAGAACUGUGGUUAAUUCAUCUGGUCAUGAAGAUAGGACUAUUUAUUUACCGGUCGUAAUAUUCAUAACUGUCUGCAUGCACCAAUCUCUGUUUUUUGCUUUUGAUUUUUAAUUGAUGGUUUUAGAAAAGUCUCAUUAAAAUAAACAUCAGACUUGUACUAAA